AUGGGGCAGUGUGGAAUUACUUCAUCCAAAACCGUCUUGGUGUUUCUUAAUCUCAUAUUUUGGGCUGCAGCUGGAAUUUUAUGCUACAUUGGAGCCUAUGUGUUUAUCACAUAUGACGACUAUGACCACUUCUUUGAGGAUGUGUACACUUUGAUUCCAGCUGUCAUAAUAAUAGCUGUGGGGACUCUUCUGUUCAUCAUUGGCCUGAUCGGCUGCUGUGCCACCAUACGUGAAAGCUCCUGCGGUCUGGCUACUUUUGCUGCCAUUCUCCUGCUGGUAUUUGUAACAGAGUGUGUCGUGGUGGUGCUUGGCUACAUAUACAGGGCAAAGGUAGAAGAUGAGGUGAAUCACUCCAUUCAGAAGGUUUACAAUGAAUACAACGGCACCAACACUGAUGCGCCAAGCCGUGCCAUUGACUAUGUGCAGAGGCAGCUUCACUGCUGCGGCAUUCACAACUACUCUGACUGGAGGAACACUCGCUGGUUUAAAGAAUCCAAAAACAACAGCGUCCCAGUCAGCUGCUGUCAACCCAGCAUCAGCAACUGUACCGGCACUCUGACUCGACCAGCAGACCUCUACCAAGAGGGUUGUGAAGCUCUUGUUGUGAAGAAAUUAAAGGAGAUCAUGAUGUAUGUCAUAUGGGCCGCACUAACUUUUGCAUCUAUACAGGUAAGGAAGGAAAACACUUGUUUUUAGUGAAGUGUUCUAUUUUUAGGCUAUUUUUAAUAAAUGUUUUCGAUGACCUCCUAGUUAAACUCUGACCUGUUGAGUUUAGUGUGGUUGUUUAUGCUCGUGUUUUCCUGACCAUUGGACAGUUUCAUAUAAUGUGAACAUU